AGACGGCGCUGAUGAAGAACAAUCCCCAGUUGUGCACAGGCAACGCUCCGACAUACGCAAGCAAUCUGUAGUUAUCUCUGGGCGUUUAGAACUUAUUCGUGCGUUAAGGGUCUUAUCAUCAAACAGCCCCAGUGUUUAAUAUUGCGACUCUGUAGGGGAAACAAAGUCAGAGAAUAUCUUAAAGAUGAAUCCAAACAAUGCAUACGUUAAGCAGGAGGCAAUCACCAUGAUGGGUGAUAAUAUAGUAGAAGAUCUAAAGCGCCAGUUUGCGCCUCAAGGUGUAGGCGCCGUAAAAGAACUUGAACAAUCGAGCAAUACAACUUUGCAAAAAAUUGCAAACACUUCACCAAAUACAACAUCUUGCAUGGACCGUAACUCAACGUCAACUGAUCAGAAUGAUCGUGUAUUUAAUAAUAUAGAGGAGAAAAACAGUGAUGCUAAGGAAGCUCCUGGUAGCCCUAAAAAUGGUAAGAUGAAACCCGCUGGACUGAGACGACAAGAGAAACCACCCUAUUCUUAUAUCGCACUGAUUGUCAUGGCAAUCCAAGCGAGUGCAACGAAGCGAUGCACACUUAGUGAGAUCUACCAGUUUCUGCAAACAAGGUUUCCAUUUUUCCGAGGCUCUUACACAGGGUGGAAAAACUCGGUGAGGCAUAACUUAUCACUGAACGAAUGCUUCAAGAAGCUCCCAAAGGGUUUGGGUCGACCAGGGAAGGGACACUAUUGGACGAUUGAUCCUGCGGCUGAGUUUAUGUUCGAAGAAGGAUCUUAUAGACGACGCCCGAGGGGGUUUAGGCGCAAGUGUCAGGCGAUGAGCGGAAUGAUGCACCCUUACGGUAUGGCUGCCAUGCAUGGUCACCCUAACUCAGGCAUGCUUGGAGGUGCCUACGAUAUGUUCCACCAAAAUGGAAUGACGAUGAACAUGCAAACACCUAGCAAUAACACCGCUCAGCAAUACGAUCCAAACAACAUGGCAGCCGCCAUGGGCAACUCCACCGUAUAUGGAAACAUUAUGGGCUCAAUGACGGGACCAAAUACAAGCCUUUCUCAACAAUAUAGCGGAGUAGGAUCGCAUACGCUACCCACGACACCAUCUGAGUACAAGUACUCACCAAUCACACAAGACUAUAAAUAUAACCCAACAUCUCAAGAUUAUAAAGACUAUAGUACGACACAACUACCUACCUCUAACCCUAGCCCAUAUGAGACGCGGGAACAAUGGAGUGCUGCGUCCCAAGCUCAACGCUACAACAUAUCCAGUAAUAACAAUGUAAAACAGCAACCGCUGUCGCCGACGGGGAGCACAGGGUCCCUCAGUUUAUCUCCCACCUCCAGUAACGAGACGAGUUACGCACAGCAGGUGCCUGUGUCCCAAGCUACCCUAGAACCCGUAGAUCUCGCCAUGUCGGCAUCAACAGGACUGAAAGGCUCACAGAGUGUAAACUACAGUGCGCAAGCGUACGACAGAAAAGCACCCAGCUACUACCCAUGCGCAAUGAAUGGACUUAGCUCACCCACCGUUCAAUCAACACCCUCAUACGCUCACCAUUUUGACAAUAGUGUAAAAUACCCACUGUAUUCUGGAACUCCGUGAAGACCCCAACAAAGGAUUCAUCAAGCUCUUGAUCUAUAAACUUUAGGGAUCAUAAAUAUUUGUAUAUUUUGGACUGAAUAUCUAUAUUAAGACUGAACUUUUUCUAUGCUGCGUCGACAUGGCACAAAAACUUGUACAAAAUCACAAAGUGCCAAAUAGUUUCUAAUUGGAACUUAUGAGUCAUUUUAGUCAUUUUUGUAAAUACCUACAUUUAUUCAU